UGGUCUGUUUUCUUCUCUGCUUUGUGCCCAGCAACCAGAACAUGUGGGACACACAGCCCUGGCUCUCUCGGAUGCUGAAGGAGGAAGACAUGGAAGCAGGACGACCCUGAACGAUUAAGCCUCUUAAUCCUGAAACAGAACCAGGCCUCCCCUUCCCACCUGCCCAGAAGCAUGAGAGCAGCAUGACUGGCCAGCUGCAGGAGAAGCCCCCAGAGCCAGGCCCCCAACUCAACCAUCUGCUGCGGAGGUCAAGGUGUGCGCGGCAUCUCUGCACCCCGGCAAUGUUCGGUCCGUACCUUGGCCCGCGUGACCAUGUCAAGCCCCCCGCUCUGCACAUGAGUGGUACAGACCAACAGGAACAUCUGGCUGCAGCCACGUUCACAGACAUGUCAGCCGUGGAAUAGUGUGGACACCUUCUCUCAGCUUCUCAGGGUUUCAGUCCUUUUGGGUUUGUUUCAUUGACCUUUUUUUUUUUUUUAUGGUUUUGUGGCUGGACGUUCCCGGCCAAGGCAGGCGCCAUGGGGGAUCAGCAACUCUACAAGACCAAUCACGUGGCCCACAGUGGUGAGAACCUUUUUUACCAACAGACCCCACUUGGCAUCCAUGGCGGGCUGAACCACAACUAUGGGAAUACAGUCACAGGGGCUGGAAUGGAGGCCCCUCAGGCAUCACCCAUCUCCCCCCACUUCCCUCAAGAUACUCGGGAUGGUCUAGGCUUGCCUGUUGGCUCCAAAAACCUGGGCCAAGUGGAUACCUCGAGGCAGGGAGGGUGGGCAGCUCACACCGGGCCUGGAAACCAUGUCCAGCUACGCGGCAACCUGACCAACUCAAACAUGAUGUGGGGGACCCCAGCCCAGCCUGAGCCCACCGAUGGAUACCAAUAUACCUACUCCCAGGCCAGCGAGAUCCGGACCCAGAAACUCACCAGCGGUGUCCUGCACAAGCUAGACUCCUUCACCCAGGUGUUCGCCAACCAAAACCUGCGAAUUCAGGUCAACAAUAUGGCCCAGGUGCUGCACACCCAGUCGGCAGUGAUGGAUGGGGCCCCUGACAGUGCCCUCCGCCAGUUGCUGUCCCAGAAGCCCAUGGAGCCCCCAGCGCCGGCUCUUCCUGCUCGCUACCAGCAGGUGCCCCAGCAGGCUCACCCUGGUUUCCCCGGCGGGCUGUCCAAGCCAGCCCUGCAGGUAGGGCCACACGCCAGCCAGGGGCACCUGUAUUACGACUACCAGCAGCCGCUGGCUCAGGUGCCGCUGCAGGGAGGACAGCCACCGCAGGCCUCCCCGAUGCUGUCCCAGCACAUGCAGCAGAUGCAGCAGCACCCGUAUUAUGCGGCGGCGCCGCCGCAGGCUGGGCAGCAGCACAUGCCCCUGCAGGACCUGCCGCAGCAGCAACCGCCGCCGCUGCCGCAGCCCCGCCCACCGCAGCCUCAGCAGCCCCAACAGCAGCUGCAGCAGCGGCAGGGUCCGAUGCAGAUACCUCAGUAUUACCAGCCCCAACCCGCGAUGCAGCACUUGCAAGAGCAGCCUCAGCAACAGCAGCAGCAGAUGCACCUGCAGCCCCCCUCUUAUCACAGGGACCCCCACCAGUACGGCCCGGAGCAGGCGCACGCUGUCCAGCUGAUCCAGCUGGGCUCCGUGCCCCAGUACUACUACCAGGAGCCCCAGCAGCCCUACGGCCACCACCUCUGCCAGCAGAGCCACCUGCCCCAGCACCAGCAGCGCGAGGACAGUCAGCCCAAGACCUACCCGAGCGACAGGCAGGCCCAGGCCAUGCUGAGCUCCCACGGCGACCUGGGGCCUCCCGAUGCAGGAAUGGGAGACCCAGCAAGCUCGGACCUGAACCGGCUCGGCGGGGCCCUCCCGCACCGGCCGCUCCUGUCCCCCGGUGGGAUCCACCUCAACAGCGUGGGGCCUCAGCACCAGCAGCUGUCUCCCAGUGCCCUGUGGCCCCAGAUGCACCUACCUGAUGGCAGAGCCCAGCCAGGGUCCCCCGAGUCAAGUGGCCAACCAAAAGGAGUGUUUGGGGAGCAAUUUGAUGCCAAGAACAAACUGACGUGCUCCAUCUGCCUGAAGGAAUUCAAGAGCCUACCUGCCCUGAAUGGCCACAUGCGGUCCCACGGGGGAAUGAGAGCCUCCCCCAGCCUCAAACAGGAGGAAGGAGAGAAGGCCCUGCCGCCUCAGCCUCAGCCCCAGCCUCCACUACCACCUCCGCGGCCACUGCAGCUCCCUCCCGAGGCAGAAAGCCUCACGCCUAUGGUCAUGCCCGUGUCUGUCCCUGUCAAGCUUCUCCCGCCCAAGCCAGGCUCUCAGGGCUUCGCCAGCAGCAUCGUUGCCGCCCCCUCCGCCAGAGACAAGCCAGCCAGCUCGAUGUCGGACGACGAGAUGCCCGUGCUCGUGAGGAUGACCCUCUCUCCCCCACACUCACCCCAAGGGGCUGCCCCUCACCCGCCUGCUGAAAUCCCCAAGAAGCCUCAGCCCGUUGCGGCCAAAGCCGAGGAAGCCCUCAAGAGCUUGCCGGAGAAGAAGAAGUUCCGGCACCGGCCCGAGCCGCUCUUCAUCCCGCCACCGCCCUCCUACCCCGCCAACCCCGCCGCCUCGUACUCGGGCGCCACCCUGUACCAGAGCCAGCUGCGCUCCCCGCGCGUCCUCGGGGACCACCUGCUGCUGGACCCCGCCCACGAGCUGCCCCCCUACACGCCCCCGCCCAUGCUGAGCCCGGUGCGCCAGGGCUCGGGGCUCUUCAGCAACGUCCUCAUCGCGGGGCACGGCCCCGGCGCCCACCCGCAGCUGCCCCUCACGCCCCUGACGCCCACGCCGCGGGUGCUGCUGUGCCGCUCCAACAGCAUUGAUGGCAGCAACAUGACAGUCACCCCAGGGCCUGGAGAGCAGACCAUUGAUGUUGAACCACGUAUCAACAUUGGCUUGAGGUUCCAAGCAGAGAUCCCAGAACUUCAGGAUGUCUCUGCCUUGGCCCAGGACACACACAAGGCCACACUGGUAUGGAAGCCCUGGCCAGAGCUGGAAAACCAUGACCUCCAGCAAAGAGUGGAGAAUCUCCUGAAUUUGUGCUGUUCAAGUGCGUUGCCCGGUGGAGGGACCAAUUCUGAAUUUGCUUUGCACUCUCUUUUCGAGGCCAAAGGUGAUGUGAUGGCCGCUCUGGAAAUGCUGCUGCUGCGGAAGCCGGUCAGGUUAAAAUGCCAUCCUUUAGCAAAUUACCACUAUGCCGGUUCGGACAAGUGGACCUCCCUAGAAAGAAAACUGUUUAAUAAAGCACUAGCCACUUACAGCAAAGACUUUAUUUUUGUACAGAAGAUGGUGAAGUCUAAGACAGUGGCUCAGUGUGUGGAGUACUACUACACGUGGAAAAAGAUAAUGCGCUUGGGGCGGAAACACCGGACACGCCUCGCAGAAAUCGAUGAUUCUGUGGUGAGUGAAGCUGCUCAGUCGCUGCUUAUGCGGGCCCCGCUCCCGCCCCACACCCAGACGAGUGAAGAAGAAGAAGAGUUAGAGGAGGAGGAGGAGGACCCAGAAGAAGAUAGGAAAUCCACGAGAGAAGAGGAGAGUGAAGUGCCCAAGUCUCCCGAGCCACCGCCAGGCCCCGUGCUGGCUCCCGCGGAGGGGCCGCCCCUGCAGGCCCUUGGCCAGCCCUCCGGCUCCUUCAUCUGUGAGAUGCCCAACUGCGGGGCUGUGUUCAGCUCCCGACAGGCACUGAACGGCCAUGCCCGCAUCCACGGUGGCACCAACCAGGUGACCAAAGCCCGGGGGGCCACCCCCUGUGGGAAGCAGAAGCCGGGCAGCACCCAAAGCGGGUACUGCUCGGUGAAGAGCUCCCCCUCUCAUAGCACCACCAGCAGCGAGACAGACCCCACCACCAUCUUCCCCUGCAAGGAGUGCGGCAAAGUCUUCUUCAAGAUCAAAAGCCGAAAUGCGCACAUGAAAACACACAGGCAGCAGGAGGAACAGCAGAGGCAAAAGGCUCAGAAGGCAGCUUUUGCCGCCGAAAUGGCCGCCACUAUCGAGAGGACCGCGGGGGCGCCGGGGCUGCUGCCCCUGGACCAGCUGAGCCUGAUCAAACCCAUCAAGGACGUGGACCUCCUCGAUGGCGACGUGGUCCAGCAGUUGGGAGGCGUCAUGGAAGAGGCCGAGGUCGUGGACACGGAUCUCCUCUUGGAUGACCAAGAUUCGGUUUUGCUUCAGGCUGACGCGGAACUAUAAAGCCCCGCUUGUCACGCAGAGACAGCCAGCACCCACGGCCUCCGUCUUCGUUCAUCAGGAAACCCGGACUCCCUGCUCGCUUUGUAACCAUUUUAAACUACCUGUUUAAAAAAGUGGUCAUUUCAUUCAGGUUUAGGAAGAAAAAAAAUUUUUUUUUUUCAGUUUCUUUUCCUUUUAUUUAAAAAAAAAAAAUCAAUGUUUCUGUGGGAGGUUGGAGGGAAUAAAUAAUUGGCACAACUCUA